AUGCUUCCAAAAAUCACCUGCCUAGUUAUUGUGUUUCUUUCUGUGACAAUAGUAGGAACUAUAGCAAACAUUUUCCUUUUUACAUUUUAUAUAUUAAAUGUCAUUGCUGGCCACAAGAUAAGUUCUCUAACUUUUAUUUUCAUCCAGCUGAGCUUGGUGAACUCCACUAUGCUUAUUAGCAAGGGAGUUCCACAAAUAUUGCAGGGUUUGGGGUGGAACUUUUUCUUGGAUAAUGUUGGAUGCAAAGUUGUAUUUUACUUUCGCAGAGUGAGUCAAGGCCUUUCAAUUUCCUUGACUUGCCUCCUGUGUACCUUCCAGGCCAUUACCAUUAGCCCAAGUAAUUCCAGGUGGGCAGAGUUCAAAGUUAGAGCCACACAACAUACCACCCCCUUUUAUCUAUUCUGUUGGAUCCUCAAUCUGCUGAUAGAAAUUCCUGUACCAAUAAGUACAAGAGGCCCAAGAAGCAGCAACAACAUUACAAAUGUGUUUGAUCAUGUGUUUUGUACUUCAGAACAUAUUAUGCAUGUGUAUUUAAUAAUGACCAUUUUCAGAAAUAUGCUAUGUUUGGGGCUCAUGUUUUCAGCCAGUGGUUACAUGGUGCUUCUCCUACACAAACACAAUAAGCAUGUCCAGAAAAUUCUGAACUCCAAUCUCUUACCCAAAAGGCACCCUAAGAUCAGAGCAACACAAACCAUCCUUUUACUCAUGAGCACAUUUGUCAGUUUUUACACACUCAACUUGAUUUUAACUCUUUUUCUCAGUUAUUUUGACCAAAAGUCUCCCUGGAUGUUGUCUAUCUCUAUCUUCCUGUCACUAUGUUACCCAACUAUCAGUCCUUUUCUGUUGAUCCCCAGACUUCCCAGGCAAACCUCUAAUUUCUGGUCCAAGUAA